GAGAGAGAGAGAGAGAGAUUAUGUGUGUCUAGAUAUAUAGUUCUCUAUUCUAAUGGGGUUUCUCACUCCCACCAUAUAUCUCUCUAUCUCUGUGAUCACUUCAGAAUGUCUAAUUUCAGACUCAGUUUUGGUUUGGAUUCAACUUCAUGAAAUUUGUUUCUUUUACAAAAAGUUGUAUUAAUCUAAAUCUCUGUUGGUGAUGUUUAUUCGAAUCAAAUGUUUUCGAGUACAUAAAGUACAAAGCGUUUGAUCUGAAAAAUCUAUUGGAAUCAUACAUAACUAGUAUUUAAGACCACCCGCAACGGUAUAUUUUGAGGGUCCUUAGCACAUAAUCCUAGACUAAUAAUCAUAAUAUCAUCAAUGUAAAAGACUCUUUAGAUCAUAUCAUAAUGUCACUUUAAUGUCACAUAUCUGAACAAAAUUUUAUAGUAAAUUCGCCCAAUGGGAUAGCUUUACUCCCUUUUUCUUUAUCAGCACCAAAUAACCUUUUUGGUUCAAACAUGAUUAUUGGUUAUAUGAUUCUCAAUUUAUUUAGACUAGGUUUUGCUCAAUUCUGUUUUUGGUUCAGACAAAGUUAUGAUUCGGUUAACACUUUAUUUUUGUUUAAAAUGGUUCCGGUUUAAAUGUACAAUUUUUGAUUUCUUACGCUUUUGUUUAGCCAUUCUGGUUUGGUUAGGUUUAGCUGCCUAAAACUAAGAUAAUAUGUAGUCAACAAGAUUGACAUGAUGGCAACAAGAAGCCAACAACCUUCAGACACGUUGUGAUGAUAUAAAAGUAAAACCAAAGUUUGGGAGUUUCGACGGACUAAUCUUGUGUCAUUUGAAACAAUACAGUAUGACAGCGAUAUUUAAGGAACAUUCAAAAAGAUAAUAUUUAACGAUCAUUUUUAUGGGAACACAAAUGUUUAGAAUUAGUUUAGCUUUAAUAGCAGAAAAUAGAAAAAGGAAGUCAAUGAUAUUUUGGAGGAGCACAAACUAUAGAGAGGAGAAUCGACCCUAAAAGAAAAAGAAGAUAGUGGAAAGAAAAAUAUGCUAAACCUUGAUGGGCACGGCUAAUUAAAUGCGUUACUCUAUAUAUUAGUAGAAGUUAUGAAUUAGGGGUUUCUUCCUUUUUCAUUAAGAAUAUUCUAGUCAUCAUGUCUCUGCUUCUCAGUCGGCUCUGCUUUAGUAAAGCUGCGAGAGUACCUUUUCUUAUUCUCUCUAAUAGCUUCUCAUCUUCCUUGCUUCAAACCCCUCCUUGUGCCAUCAUCUCUGCUGAUUCUUGUGGACCGGAUAUGGGAAAACUGAUCAUUUCCAUUGCUAAUGAAACUGACGACACUUAUUUGGAUAAGAAAGUGCCUCUGGAGUUGAUGAAGAAAAUGGGAACGGUGGCUUCAUCAAAUGGCUGGGUAGCUACUCUCAAGGACGACGGCAUAUUGCGUCUCCAAGACGAUCUCAACCCUGUUGCGUCUGAUACAAACCCUAAACGCAUCCCUUUGCCUCCCCUUGAAACUCUGCCUCAUUGCCAAACCAAAAUCAUCACCAACGUGUCAUUGUCCUCAUCUUCCCCUGAGGAUGAAGACUGUGUGGUGGCCGUCAAGUUCUUAGGACCUCAGAUCAGCUUUUGCAGACCGGCUCAGAGCAACUCCGGGUGGACCAACGUCAGGAUCGAGAACCCCUGCUUCUACUCCUCACGAGUAAUGUUUUCCAAGAAAGAUGAAAUGUUUCUCAUGCCCGGCUCUGGAGGCCACCUCAUUGGAUCAUGGGAUCUCCGAAAACGCAAGCCUAAAACAAAGAUCAAGAGGUUGCGAUUACGAGACUUUCCCGAGCUGACCAAGACCAAACGGGAGAUUUUGCAUUCGUGCUGCAAGAGCGAGCACUUGGUGGAGUCAAGAACCACGGAUGAGACUUUCUUGCUUAAGCAGUACAAGAAGGCCACCUCCAAAAUCGUCAAGGGUGUUGCGCAAAUGAAAACAGAAGCUUUAAUGGUGUUCAAACUUGACCAAGAAGGAAACGCUGUUUACACUAAUUGCAUUUGGGGUCUCUGCAUUUUCCUCUCAAAGGCUGAACCUUUCUGUACCCAUGCUGGCUCAUUUCCUGGUCUCAUCUUUAACGUCGUCCAUGUCUUGGACGUCGACGAAACCGGCUAUGUCGGACUGUACAGUCCCUCCAUCCAUACUUGGAAUUCUACAUCCACCGUCCCUUACUUUAUUCCACCUCAAAAUAUAUUAGACUAGCGUAACGUCCCAUACCAUAUAUAAUAAUAUUUUAUAUGACUUCGAGGAAAGGCUGAUAUUUUACUUAAUAUGUUCCCCUUCAAACAAUAGACUAGUAAGUACUUCGUUGUUUCGAUUUGAGUCUAGAGUCUGUCUUUUCGUUUAAAACUUUCAAAUUUUAUCCCCGUUUUACAAUUGAUAUGCAUAUGCUCGGGGAAAAGUGCCAAUUUCGACCCCAACAAUUUAGUUCGUGCCAAAUACAACCCGAACAAUUGAUCGGUGCCAAACACGAUCUUAAUUCAAUUAUAGUUCGAAAAAACUACUCAAACUUCUUAAAACGUGCUUAAAUCUACAUUGACUCUAACAUAAGUUAGUCAAUCGUUAACAAAAUAAAACGACGUUGUUUUGAUAUACAAGA